AUGUCGUUCCACUACCCUCCCAGAAACCCGUCGCUUUCUCCCCAACCACCCCUCGAGAACAACUCCUGGCGUGCGAGUCGCAGCCCCGGACCUAAGCUAGGUGGAUACGGACUUUCGCAGUCCGCUGGGGUAUCUAACAAUCUGACCACAUUCUUCGGCGACGGUCGUACACUUCCCAUGUACAAAGAUAAGCCCUACUUUGCGCCUCGGCGCACGGGCCCAAAAGUUAGGCAGAGGAGGGUUCUCUACGGCGGACUUUGUCUAUUCUUUCUAGUCUCGCUGUGGUAUUAUAUGUCUGGUAGCUGGGGCAAGCCGGAGAUAAAGACGUCAGAGUCGCAGAAAGGAGAAGAGCUCUGGGCUUGGGUGCAGAGUUUGGACAAGGAACCAGCCUACAAUGGCGAAGAACUAAAGGGUAUCGACUGGGCAGCCAGGCGAGAGAAGGUCAGGGAUGCAUUCAUUGUUAGUUGGGAUGACUACGCGAAGAAUGGGUGGGGGCUGGACCAGUAUCGUCCAGCUGCUAAGGAUGGCAAAAACAUGGUCGAAGGUGGAUUGGGAUGGAUAAUCGUUGACGCGCUUGACACGAUGAUAAUGAUGAACCUCACGUCACGGGUCCAGCAUGCCCGUGACUGGAUUCAGCAUUCACUACAAUACAAUCAGGACCAUGAUGUCAGCACAUUCGAAACCACCAUUCGCAUGUUAGGCGGUCUCUUGUCAGCACAUUACCUUUCCACCACCUAUACAGAUCUGGCGCCAGUCUCGGGCGACGAGGACUUGUAUAUUGAGAAAGCGACUGACCUCGCAGAGCGGCUAUCAGGAGCGUUCGAGUCAAGCUCUGGGGUACCCUUCGCCAGCAUCAAUCUCAAAAAGUCGGAGGGGAUACCGGCACAUUCGGAUAAUGGCGCUUCUUCUACAGCCGAAGCGACGACUGUGCAGCUGGAGUUCAAGUAUUUGGCUAAGUUAACCGGGGAAGCAGAAUACUGGCGGAUGGCGGAGAAGGUAAUGGAAGUGGUGGAUAGGUCGAAAAUGGAAGACGGUCUGGUUCCCAUCUAUAUCUACCCGGACACCGGCAAGUUCAGAGGGAAGAACAUCCGCCUCGGUAGUAGAGGCGAUUCCUACUAUGAAUAUCUCAUCAAGCAGUAUCUCCAAACAUCGGAACAGGAGCCGGUCUACAAGGAGAUGUGGGACGAAGCGCUGAUUGGCAUCCGCAAACACUUGGUUGCCUAUACAAAGCGCGCCCAGUUGGCGAUUGUGGGAGAACGGCCCGAGGGCCUGGAGGGAAAGCUCUCGCCCAAGAUGGAUCACCUUGUCUGCUUCUUACCCGGAACGAUUGCGCUCGGCGCUACUGGGGGGAUACCGUUAUCGCAAGCAAAAAAGUCACCCUAUUGGAGUCAACGGCAUGACGAGGAGAUCCUCCUCGCCAAAGAGCUGAUGAAAACCUGCUGGGCGACCUACCUCGCCACAAAGACAGGUCUUGCGGCUGAAAUCACCUACUUUAAACUGGACAAUCCCGCAGUCAUGAUGCAAGAUAUGUACCCAGAGUCCACUCUAACCACCGGCAACCGAAAAUCUGAACAAGAAGACCUUCCCCUGAAGUCUAAGCCGCUCUACCCGUUAGACGAUAAAACAUUAAACUGGGAAAACGACCUCGACAUCCACAUGCAAGACCGACACAACCUCCAACGUCCCGAGACCCUCGAAUCUCUAUUCUACAUGUACCGAAUCACCGGCGACGAAACCUAUCGUCACUGGGGCUGGGAGAUGUUCAAAUCAUUCGUCCGACACACCGCUAUCGUCGAACACGACAACACUCACGCCGAUCCCACAUCCGAUAAACCAGCCGAACCAAGCCGGCCGCAAAUCAUCAGCUUCACCUCUCUAAACAACGUCGAUGUCAUCCCGCCCACCCGCAGAGACAACAUGGAAAGUUUCUGGAUGGCAGAAACCCUUAAGUACUUCUAUUUACUCUUCUCGGAUCGCGACUUCAUUCCACUUGAGGAAAACGUCUUCAACACUGAGGCGCACCCAUUCCCCCGGUUCAAGUUAGGGGGAGAGCUGAGGACGGGAUGGGAGCGGAAGAGUAGCGAAUCUGAAUCGGUGCCGGGGUCGGCACCGCAGGAGCAAGAGCAAGCUCCCUAA